UUCAACUGUGCCGCGAAGAUGCAGAGGCUUUUAGCUGCCAGAUCGACUCUUGGUAACGCCGUCAAGACGCGGAGGAGGCAGCACUUAUCGUCUCUCUCUUCUUCUUCUCUCCUCUUUGACGAAACUCAGCUUCAGUUUAAAGAAAGUGUGUCCAAGUUUGCACAAGAUGUUAUCGCUCCUCACGCCGAAAUCAUCGAUAAAACAAAUUCAUUUCCAAAGAAUGUAAACUUAUGGAAGCUAAUGGGUGAGUUCAAUCUCCAUGGAAUCACUGCGCCAGAGGAAUACGGAGGUCUAGGUCUUGGUUACUUGUAUCACUGUAUAGCAAUGGAGGAAAUCAGUCGGGCCUCCGGCUCAGUUGCUCUCUCUUACGGUGCCCAUUCCAACCUUUGCAUCAAUCAAUUGGUGCGGAAUGGAAAUACAGCACAAAAGCACAAGUAUUUGCCCAAGCUGAUCAGUGGAGAGCAUGUUGGUGCUCUUGCGAUGAGUGAACCCAAUGCCGGUUCGGAUGUUGUCAGCAUGAAAUGCAAGGCUGAUAAAGUAGAUGGUGGCUACGUAAUAAAUGGCAACAAGAUGUGGUGCACUAAUGGUCCCUCUGCUCAAACACUGAUUGUUUACGCCAAAACUGAUACAAAAGCAGGCUCUAAAGGGAUCACAGCUUUCGUUAUAGAGAAGGGAAUGGCCGGAUUCAGCACUGCUCAGAAAUUGGACAAACUGGGAAUGCGGGGAAGCGACACGUGUGAGCUUGUUUUUGAGAAUUGCUUUGUUCCGGAAGAAAACAUUCUUGGCAAGGAAGGAAAAGGAGUGUAUGUUCUGAUGUCAGGUCUUGAUUUGGAGAGACUUGUUUUAGCAGCUGGGCCCUUGGGGAUCAUGCAGGCAUCCCUCGACAUUGUACUUCCCUAUAUUCGCCAGAGAGAACAGUUUGGUCGUCCAGUUGGGGAGUUCCAGUUUAUACAGGGUAAAGUUGCUGACAUGUACACUGCAUUACAGUCUUCAAGGUCAUACGUCUACUCUGUUGCUAGGGAGUGUGACAAUGGGAAAGUUGACCCAAAGGAUUGUGCCGGAACUAUUCUUUGUGCAGCAGAAAGAGCAACACAGGUUGCUUUACAGGCGAUACAAUGUUUAGGCGGAAACGGAUACAUCAACGAGUAUGCAACGGGACGCCUUCUGAGAGAUGCAAAGCUAUAUGAGAUCGGUGCUGGUACAAGCGAGAUCAGAAGGAUGGUCAUUGGUCGCGAGCUUUUCAAAGAACAGUAGAGAUAACUUAAAGUCUCUUUUUAUCUUUGCCAAAGGUGGUAACAUAACAAUGCGACAUUGUCAUUUUGUACAAACAGUACAAAUAUGUAUAAUGUAAAAUGUCAUCAGUAGUUUCUCAAUAAGAAAAUGGCUUCAAACUGUUC